AUGUUGAGCUGCAGCAACGGACCGCCCUUCUUCCGUACAGCAAGCGGCACUCACAACACCCACUCCUCCGAGCGCACAGACCGCCAACGAUCUCGCAGCAACUCCCAACAUCACGCAUCGGACCUUGCCCAUGCACACGCAUUUGCACGGCACUACCUUGCUCCUUUCGGUCAAGCGCCCCGGCCUCCUAGGUCAGCACCUCCAUCCGCGUCUGCAUCCACACCAUCACUUGCAGAGAACCAACACGCUUCUCAAGAUGCAACAGCAGGCGCAUUGGUGGCAGCGGCGGCGAAGACGGAUGCAUCUAGACGACCUGGAUCUAAGCUUGCGCACGCUGCAAAGAACGCGAUAAGGAGACUAUCCAGCUCUUCUUCUUUGAACAAUUCUCCCCUUCCCAGUCGCAAAACCAGCGAAGCAAGAUCCUUGACGGCAAAUUUGCCAGCAGAGUCCAAAUCGUCUCCCUGUCUGAGCCACAAGCAAGCAUCGAGCGACCGGAUUUCUGACGCGUACAGCGAUCCAAGCUUCUCCCGUAGAAGUUCGUCCACAUCGCUCAGCUCAUCGGCACUGGUCACGCUGACCAAUGCAGCACGCCCCAAAGGUCAAACCUUUGCGUGGCAUCUCGGAUCGGAUGACGAAGAUGCGCUCGAAGAGCUCAAUGAUGAUGGACUGUCGUAUCAUGAUGGCUCUCUACAAAGACCUGCGUCUUCCAGCAGAUCUGGAUUAGGAAUCUCUGAGGCACACAGACCAGUAGGAAGAUCGCUCGACACCAGAAUGCACGCGGCGGUGGCAAACAAUUCUUCGCAGCUACUCUCUGAAGACGCUACGCCCUUUCCACCUCCGUCGGCUACGACAGAGGCAACCCUGCACCUGGCUAGUCUGAGUCCCUAUCCUUACCAACUCAUCUCUUUGGCCUACUCCUACGCCAGUCAUUCUCACAGCUCGACAGAUGCGCCUCGUGCUUGUGUGCGAAACUCUUCCUCGGCUCAGUCCCUCCGAUCGCUGGCCAAUCAUCUCUCUGCCGUCUCUCUUUCGGCUUCAGCACCAAUUGCAUCGCCCACUUCAUCACCUACCCCCAGAAAGAAGGCACGAGCGCCCACAAAGGUGUUGGACUUGGGCUGCGGAGCAGGUGUGCUCUCCCUCUUCGCGUCUUCCUGGCCCAACAUUCGAGCUCUGAUUGCUCGAGAUCCAGAUGCAGCCGCAAUAGACCUAGCGCGAGCUUCUCGAGAGUUGAGCGACGCGCAACGUCGCUUCUUGGGAUUCCAUCCUUGUAGCACACAGAAUAUAUGCUAUAGAGAUGCUGACGAUGGAAACGGAAGGCGGGGAAAGGGAUGUAGACAGGGUGAUAAUGAGACGGCAAACGUGGUUCUGGGAUGGAGCGAGAAAGAGGGCUGUAUGCUCGAUUGGGACAUUUCGUGAGUCGCUUAAUGUGAUUUCCCUCUGCCUUGGAGGUGCGAGGCUGCAUCUCUUCUUACUGGGUUCCCUUCAUUGCUGCUGGUUGGACGGUCGCAGCGUGGGCACAGCAGAACGACCUCGUGUGCCGCUGGAGCUUGUUGGCAAGCUCGAUGUGAUUAUGCUCGGAUCGAGCGCACAUUUGCUGGAAUGGGGCGAAAAUGUUGAGACGGAUGUCGAAGCUCCAAAUGAGCGCAAGCCGCCAGAUGACGAGCGCACGACCCAUGGAGCUCACCUUUACAACAUCUGGCAUAAGCUGCUCAGACCCGGUGGCUCGCUUCUGAUCAUGGGUGUCAAAGCCGUACCUGGCUCGCUGCAAGGCCCAUCAUUGAUACCUGCACACUCCAAGGAGCAUAUUGCGGGCGUCAGGAGCGUUCCGUGCACCCCUCUGUUGAGCCCCCAAGGUGCCUCGCGGUCGACCCAAUCACUACGAGAAGCGCUGGAUGGUUUGCCUCUUCACCCUUCGCUCUCGCCAUUCUUUGGCUCGAGAACGCUUUGGGGUGCUAGGUCCAUGUAUGCCCAACUACCCCUGCCAUGGGACGAAAGUGUUCGUGCUUCAGGUUGGAAUAGCGAGUCACUCAGAAGGUGGGUGCUCGAUCCCGCUAGAGUUGAGUACAACCCCUCGCUGGAAGCGAAUGCGAACUCGUGCUCCUUACCAACGGCGAGCAAAGUCGAGAGUGCGGAUCGACUGGAUGCCUGGCCAUCUUGGGCCUCGACGCCUGAGCCUACACCCUCGCAACUUCGGGAGCAAGCUGAAAAGUGGAUCACCCCGCGAGCUUUGGCUGCUUGGGUGAGUGGGUCUUUCUCGUAGCCAUCUUCAGCGCGCCCUGCGUGCUCAUCUCCUCUCCUCCCGGCCUCUGUCAGUUUCGCAACACAGCUCCAUACGCAGCCUACUUGCGCUCCUUGUCCGUGCAGCCUACGCCAUUUCUCCCACAGCUUCCCAGCACAACGAUCGGCAAGGAGAGUCCCGACAAGGCACAAAGCUCCGAAGACGGAGAUGUGGUGGGCCUUGCGUUCAAGGCGGCCUGCGAAGUGGGCGGUAUCAGCAUGGAUGAGCGCAUCCCUUUAGUCUUUCCUUCGGUGCUGCUUGCAAUGCAGCGAGAUUGA